UCCCUGGUCAUGAGUCACUUCGUUUAGAAUUAUUCAGUUUUAUUUUUAGUAAAAAGAACGUUGCAUGCGUUCAGAAAAUUAAUAUAUUUAAGUUAUUUAUCUCAGCAAAGUUCAGUCAAUAAAAAUGCAGGAUCCAAAUGAAGACACCGAGUGGAAUGAUGUGCUCCGCGCCAAGGGAAUCAUUGGACCCAAGGCGAAGGAGGCGGAAAUCACCGAGGAUCAAAUCCAGAAGUUGAUGGACGAUGCCAUCCAGCGGCGCACAGAUCUCCCUUUAAAUGAGGGCCAAAGGGAUAAGAAGAUCGACGACAUGUCGUUGGACGAGCUCGACGAGCUGGAAGACUCCGAGGAUGAGGAAGUCUUGGAACAAUAUCGCCAAAGGCGAAUGGCUGAAAUGAGGGCCACGGCUGAAAAGGCGCGGUUUGGAUCGGUGAGGGAAAUCUCCGGACAAGAAUACGUCAACGAGGUGACCAAAGCUGGCGAGGGUAUCUGGGUGGUUCUCCACCUGUACGCCAACGGAGUUCCACUCUGCGCCCUGAUCCACCAUCACAUGCAACAGUUGGCCAUCCGCUUCCCGCAAACGAAGUUCCUGCGCUCCAUUGCCACCACCUGCAUACCAAACUUCCCCGAGAAGAACCUGCCCACCAUCUUCAUUUACCACGAGGGAUCGCUGAAAAAGCAAUACAUUGGUCCCCUGGAGCUGCGCGGCGAGAAACUGACCGCUGAGGAGUUGGAAUUUAUGUUGGGACAGGCGGGAGCAGUGCCCACGGAGAUUACGGAAGAUCCGCGACCACAAAUCAGGGACAAAAUGUUGGCCGAUCUGGAAGACAAGAGCGCUGACUUCUAUUAAAUCGUAGCCAAAUCAUAAUCCCCAUUCACUUUUCUGAGAAGAGGGUCAAUAUUUUAGGAAUGAGUCAUGGAAUUUAAACUGGUUUUUGGUUCACUCUUUUAAUUUUUUUAAAAGAGUUAAACUAAAAGAAAAUAAGCUGGAUUUCUUUUUUACUGGAACCCCGUUUGUAAGCAAUAAGUGUCUAUAUGAGAAAUACAUACCUAAUUUUUGGUACGACAAAAAUAGUUGACCUAAUUUCAUACCCGAAAAUUUUAUAAGACAUCUGCUAUUGGGGUUUAUUUACUUUAUUGAAUUUUUUCCGCACAUAUUGACCCAAUCUUACCUCAGGAAACUCCUUGCACGUAUUCAUUUCAUUGUUUUGUGGCAUUUAUGUACCCUCACAAAUAAAUUGUUUUCUUUUCUACUGAAAGUCA